UUUCUAUUAUUUUCUACCAUUGUCCCUUCCUACCUCUUCCACUCUGUCCUCUCUUUCUCUUAAGUCUCUUACGGGUGAAACAAGUGCAACAUCAUGUCCGAGGUGCGGAAGAGGACAGUAGCUGAGGCGGUUGCAAAGGACGUCGUCGACGAUCAACUUUUUGUUAAACCCCGUUCCCACGCGCGAUGUUUUUCCCUUUCAUCUACUGGGGCAAACUCGUUGUGCCUCUCGAUAAGUCUAUGCGGCAAAAGAAAAGCACCGAGUCACCUGUUGAAAGAAGAUAUUGAAUCAGAAGAUGAUGCCAAACUUGAUGUUGAUGAGCUUUCAAAAACUCUUCCACAAGGAACAGAUCAUACCCCAGAAAUACUUGGAUCUGCCCUCUCUGGCUUAUCAGAUCGCUGGAAAAAUUGGGUUAUCCGGGGUAUUUUUACUUUCUUGAUGAUCGGAGGGUUUUGUUUUAUCAUUUAUGGAGGUCCUUUGGCAUUGAUGGUCACGGUUUUAGUUGUACAAGUAAAAUGUUUUGAGGAGAUAAUUAAUAUUGGAUAUGCAGUAUAUAGAAUUCAUGGCUUACCUUGGUUUCGUUCAUUAUCUUGGUAUUUCUUAAUUACUUCUAAUUACUUUUUUUAUGGAGAAAAUUUAAUGGACUACUUUGCAGUUGUCAUUAAUAGAACGGACUACUUACGUUUUCUUGUAACGUAUCAUAGAUUUGUAUCAUUUUGUUUAUAUAUAAUUGGUUUUGUUUGGUUUGUACUGUCAUUGGUGAAAAAAUAUUAUAUGAAACAAUUUUCAUUAUUUGCAUGGACUCACGUUGCUUUACUAAUCGUUGUAACACAAAGUUAUUUAAUUAUUCAAAAUAUCUUUGAAGGUUUGAUAUGGUUCAUUGUACCUGUAAGCAUGAUUGUAAUUAAUGAUGUAAUGGCAUAUGUAUUUGGAUUCUUUUUUGGCAAAACACCUUUAAUCAAGUUAUCGCCAAAAAAAACAUGGGAAGGUUUUGUUGGCGGUGGUAUUUCAACUGUCGUACUUGGCUUAUUGAUAUCGUACGCAAUGAGCCAAUACCGCUAUUUUGUCUGUCCUAUUGAAUAUAGCGAAACUCUGGGUAGAAUGACAAUGGAAUGUGAACUUUCUUAUUUGUUUAAACCACAAGAAUAUACUUUACCAAGUUAUCUUAAAAUAGUACCCAAUAUGUUUAAAUGGAAGUCAACUAUUACAAUGUAUCCAUUUAUGUUACAUUCCUUAUCACUUUCUGUAUUUAGUUCAGUGAUAGGACCAUUUGGUGGCUUUUUUGCAAGUGGUUUCAAACGAGCAUUUAAAAUUAAAGAUUUUGGUGAUGUUAUUCCUGGUCAUGGUGGAAUAAUGGAUAGAUUUGAUUGUCAAUAUUUGAUGGCUACAUUUGUCAAUGUAUAUAUUUCAAGUUUUAUUCAUACAGUUUCUCCACAGAAACUUUUACAGCAAGUAUUUACAUUGAAACCUGAACAACAAUUGCAAUUAUUCCAGACAUUACAAGAUUCAUUACAACACAGAGGACUUUUAAAUGCUUCUUAAACUAUUUGAGUUAAUUCUGUAAUGAUGAACUUUUGUAUUGGUUACAAUAGCUACCUGAUUAGCCUUAAUGGAUAAGUCUAUCCUCUGUUAGACAACCAUUUGAUUGGUCUAUGAAAAUCUUUAAUCAGUCUUUAACUUCUAUGGGUACAUCAUAAUCUUUUACAGAAGAGCAAUUCAAUGUAUAUUAGCUGAUAUUUUCUGCUCUAUUAAUUUAACAAACUUCAAACCACAAUCAUGCAAUAUUGUGCAUAGAAGGUUUUGAUGGUUUGGUAUUUAUAAAAAAUGAUCAUUUCCACAUCAUCAUAAACAUCAUUAAUCGUUUUAAGUUUUUUAAUCCAAUGUAUAUGUAUAAACAAACAAUAGAUCUCUGA